AUGGCCGCCAAAUAUCCGGGCGUGUAUAUCGGGCACGAGGUUGAAAGAGUCCGCAUCUUGCGUAGACCCAAACUGCUCGUCAUCUGGGACGCGGCCAGAAGCUUCGGUAUGUACAAGCCGCUGAAGGUACCCGCCGAGUCGCUGGGUGUCAAGAGCGAGACUCCGGAUCCGCUGCGCCUGGCUGACCGGGACCACUGGCGGAUGAUCACUGCCCUCCUGAGCAAAGCUUCCAAAUAUCAUCGGCGCUUCUUGAUGGAGGAUAAGGAUGAGUGCUGGGACUCGCCCCACAUACUGGUUACCCCAACCGCUACCAGACAACUUCAGCUCUGCGCGAAAUGGAGUCUUCUUGGACGACUCCCAGUGCUCGAAUCGGGUGGACCGAUCACAGGCUGUGAAGACGAACUGGACGACCUGACUGCUGGGCAUAUGACGUCGCACAUGCACAAGUCGGACGUGCAGAACAGGAAUCGCAUGACGAUCGAGCUCGCAUUUGGGCCUACCUCGUCGCCGUCGACGUUGAUCAGCAUUCACAGAUCAAGGGUCUCCAUGAUGGCUACCAUAUUCCGUGGUCCCCAUGGGUCCGUGUACGAAUACUCAGUAAUACUCGAGUAA